AUGCCGUUUUUAACCAUGCAUCUCUGGCAAAACAAUGUUGCUGGAAGCACCUGUGGCUUGGAUUUCAACACCAAUGAACGGGGAAAUGAAGCAUGGCCAGGGGUCCAAGAGCGGGGCGGGUGCAGCAUGACGUCAGGCACGGUUCUCAAAGAACAUCCUGGAGCUUUUCUAGAACCGCCAAGUUUUUCAAACUGCGAUAAGCUGACUCCCAAUGCAACGCUGACUUGGGGGGAUGAGGUCGGUAAGAUGGGGAACAACCGCAAACUAUCCAAUGUGCUCCAUGGUGCACGGUUGAGAUAUGCAAUACGGCGGAAGAGUCAAUUGUUGAAAGAUCUUAUCGAAGGCGAGCAUGAAUAUUCCCCGAGAACUAAAGGCUAG